AAAUCGCGCGACAACUCGCGAUAAUUCAAGCAAUAAAUAAGGCAGCCGUGGGUUCUUUCGGAGCAUCUGUUAGCUUCUGGAGGACGUGGAGAGAAGUCGGCAUCACCGAAAAAUGGCAGCAGCGGAAAUUAUGUCACACCAAAGCGUGGUGGACAGGGUGAGCAGCCUUCCUCUGCUGAGCUCCACCUACAGCAUGGUGUUCAGUGUGUACUCCAACACCAAAGACAACCACCCCUACAUCAAGAGUAUGUGUGAAGCUGCAGAGCAAGGAGUCCGCACCAUCACCUCUGUGGCUCUCACCACCGCCUCACCCAUCAUCGGCAGGCUGGAACCUCAGAUUGCCAUUGCCAAUAACCUAGCCUGUAAAGGUCUGGACAAGAUCGAAAAAACCUUGCCUAUUCUGCAUCAGCCUUCUGAGCAGAUCGUUUUCAGUGCCAAAGGUGUCGUAACGAACGCUAAAGAUGUUGUGACUGAGAAAGUGUCUGGAGCCAAGGGCACUGUCUCCGUCACUCUGAGCAGCGUUGUAGAGAAGACCCGAGGAGCGGUGCAGGACGGGAUGGAGAGGACCAAAGCUGUCCUGAGCGGGAGCGUGAACACAGUUUUGGAGAGUAGAGUGGUACAGCUGGUCAGCAGUGGGGUGGACACAGCCCUCAGCACAUCUGAGAGUCUAGUGGAGCAUUAUCUGCCUCUUAGGGAGGAGGAAGAGGAGCUGGAGGCCAAACCUGUGAAGGGCUCUGAAGAGGAGCCGAGCAUCUACGUCCGCCUGGGCUGCCUCUCCACAAAGCUCCGCAGAAGAGCCUACGCCAGAGCCGUGGCCAGGAUACGGGACGGCAAGCAGCGCAGCAUGGGGAUCAUUUCUGAGCUCAACUCCACCAUGGAUGUGAUCCAAUACGGCAAGAACAUCCACAGUGCCAAACAGAUGGUGACAUGGAAGUCUGGUAGUCCAACUGAGCAGAACGGUCACCCAGCAGAGGUGAUCGAGUCUCGUACCUUAAACCUGGCCCGCUCCCUCACUCAGCAGCUCCAGACCACCUGCCUGGUCCUAGUCUCUGGCCUGCAGGGACUUCCCAACCACAUCCAGCAGGAGGCGCUGUCCUUCAGCCACUCAGCAGCACAGGUGUACUUCAGUUUCAGCAAAGCGAAGGUGCUGGGAGACCUGCCCGACAGCGUGCUAUCCAGCAGCAGAGUCCAGCUGGGAAGGAUGAAGGACUCCCUGGACCAUGUCAUGGAUUACCUGGUCAACAACACGCCGCUCAACUGGCUGGUGGGUCCUUUUUACCCUCGGAUGGUUUCAUCUGCAGGCAGCAGCUCUCAUCCAUCAUCAUCAAGCCCCGCCUCCACUCAGACCCCCAGGGAAGAACCCAUGGAGGUGGAGACUGAGUUGCUCUGUUUACCGUCCUCAACAAAUUUAGAUUCAGAGCUUCACUAAAUGCUCCACAGUACUGAAGUGCUGGGUUCUUCUGUUCUCAGAGUUUGUGUUGAUGUGAUUUUUAAAAUCACAAUGUACCGUUUGAUAACUUCUGUUUCUCUAUAAAGUCGAUUGAAAUCAUGAA